AUACGCGCACACAGAAAACCAAACCAAGAAAGAAACAAUCCCUUUCUUAUUCAUACACACCAUCUCUCUCUCUCUCUCUCUAGGGUUUCAAAUCGAACAAUUUCUCCACCACCACAAAUGAAACAACACUCGAAUCACCAUCACUGAAUCCGCACCUAACAAUCAAUGGCGGAAAGCGGAUCGGAUCGAGGCAGUACAAGCAAGGGGAACGGAGGAUUGAGUUCUAUGGAUUCAAUGGAGUCGCAUCGAUGGGUGUUUCAGGACCAGGACGAUUCAGAGAUCGAUUUUGAUGAUGAUAAUGAUGACGCUGAUUUCACGUUGCAUAAUGAUCUUGAUUCGGAGGAUGAAGAUAGUUUGUAUCAGAAGUUGAUUCGGACUGGCCCCAGGAUCGAUUCCUUUGGUGUGGAGGCGCUUGAGGUUCCUGGUGCUCAUAGGAGUGAUUUUGAGGAUGCUAGUUUUGGGAAGAGUUUAUUUCUAGUUUGUCAGACACUCGGCGUUGUUUUCGGGGAUGUUGGAACAAGUCCAUUAUAUACCUUUAGUGUGAUGUUCAGCAGGGCCCCAGUAGAUGGAAAUGAAGAUAUUAUUGGAGCGUUAUCUCUCGUUUUAUAUACAUUGAUUUUAGUCCCGUUAAUCAAGUACAUACUCAUUGUUCUUCUAGCAAAUGACGAUGGGGAAGGUGGUACAGUUGCUUUAUACUCUCUAAUAUGUAGGCAUGCAAAGGUGAGUCUUCUGCCAAAUCAGCUUGCUUCUGAUACACGCAUAUCAAGCUUCAGAUUGAAGGUGCCAUCUGCAGAACUUGAGAGAUCUUUGAAAAUAAAAGAGUAUCUUGAAACUUCAUUGGCUCUCAAAAAGCUUGUUUUAGUGUUGGUGCUUGCUGGUACUUCCAUGGUCAUAGCUGAUGGGGUUGUUACACCUGCAAUGUCAGUAAUAUCAGCUGUUCGUGGUUUCAAAGUUGGAGUUCCUACAGUUGAGCAAGAUCAUGUAGUGAUGAUUUCGGUUGCGUAUCUUGUUAUUUUGUUCAGCGUACAAAAAUAUGGAACAAGUAAAGUUGGGCUUGUUAUCGGGCCAGCUUUAUUUAUAUGGUUUUGCUCUCUUGGGGGCAUAGGCAUCUACAAUCUUGUGAAACACGACAGCAGUGUUGUGAAGGCAUUUAAUCCUAUUCACAUCUAUUACUAUUUCAAACGCGACUCAUAUAAAGCGUGGUACUCUUUGGGUGGAUGCCUUCUUUGUGCAACUGGUUCAGAAGCAAUGUUUGCAGAUCUUUGCUAUUUUCCUGUGAGAACAAUUCAGUUUACAUUUGUUUUCCUUGUACUUCCGUGCCUUAUGCUGGGUUACAUGGGUCAAGCCGCAUACCUGUUGGAUAAAGGUGGUGACCCAACACAGGCUUUCUUUUCUUCCAUCCCUGAUGGUGCUUUUUGGCCGGUGUUUCUAAUUGCUAACGUUGCUGCACUGAUUGCUAGUAGAACAAUGACAACAGCAACAUUCUCUUGUAUCAAACAGUCAACAGCACUUGGUUGUUUUCCUCGGCUGAAAAUUGUGCAUACAUCUCGCAAGUUCAUGGGUCAGAUUUACAUUCCGGCUAUUAACUGGUUUCUCAUGGCCUCUGCUGUACUCCUCGUCUGCACCAUUGCAAGCACCAAUGAGAUUGGGAAUGCAUAUGGUAUUGCUGAGCUUGGAGUGAUGAUGAUGACUACCUUCUUAGUUAUCCUAGUGAUGCUUCUUAUAUGGCAGAUAAACAUAGUAAUAGUAGUCCUAUUUUCAUUGAUAUUUCUGGGGUUAGAAUUAUUAUUCUUUUCAUCAGUCCUACGUGGCAUUGGGGAUGGAAGUUGGAUCAUACUGGUUUUUGGUAUAGUUAUGUUUCUCAUGAUGUACAUCUGGAACUACGGUAGUAAGCUCAAGUAUGAAACAGAAGUGAAGAAAAAGAUGUCAAUGGAUGUGUUGCGUGGGUUAGGCUGCAAUCUCGGAACCGUGAGGGCUCCUGGCAUUGGAUUGCUUUACAAUGAACUGGUGAAAGGUGUGCCUGCGAUAUUUGGACACUUUCUUACUACUCUGCCAGCUGUCCAUUCCAUGAUUAUUUUUGUUUGCAUAAAGUACGUCCCUGUUCCCGUCGUGCCUCAGAACGAGAGAUUUUUGUUCAGGCGGGUCUGUUCCAAAAGUUACCACAUAUUCCGUUGCAUUGCCAGGUAUGGUUACAAAGACGUGCGUAAAGAAAACCACCAAUUAUUCGAGCAACUGUUGAUUGAAAGCCUUGAAAAGUUCAUUCGCCGUGAAGCUCAAGAAAGAUCAUUAGAGAGUGAUGGGGAUGAUGAUGAUUCUGAUUUUGAAGAUGACCCAUCAAGAGUCGUAGUUGGUCCAAAUGGCAGUGUCUAUUUUGGUGUCAACGAGUCCGACAACAUCAGCAUAGCUGUUUCAGAAGCAAGCACUUCACAAGAGCCCGAGAAGGACCUUCCUGCCACCUCAGAUCCUGAACAAAGUCUCGAGAGCGAACUUGCUUUCUUGCACAAGGCUAAGCAAUCAGGAGUUGUUUAUCUUCUUGGACAUGGUGACAUUCGGGCUAGAAAAGACUCGUGGUUUAUUAAAAAGUUGGUCAUAAAUUACUUUUACGCCUUCAUGAGGAAGAACUGUAGGAAGGGGGACGCAACUUUGAGUGCUCCUCGCACACAUUUGAUUCAGGUGGCUAUGACUUACAUGGUCUGAGUACGAGGGUAGCUGGUUUACAAUGAUGAUAUUUGACCCAGAAAUAAUGUGUUGUUUUUAGUUUUGUUAUUAUUGUUGAUGAUAAGGGCUGUGAAUUGAGUGGCUGUUAGCAUUUGGACAAGACAUGUUCUAUUCAUUGUUAGUGCCGAUUUUGACAUCUGUAACUGCCCGAGUUGUAGUUAUUUGUAAUGAAUGGGCACACUACUCUCGUAUGUGUUGUGUUGUCGAGAAUCUAGAAAAUGCAAAGGAAGCACGGAUAACAUUUUAAA